AUGCCCGUGAGACGAGGUCACGUCGCCCUCCAGAACACUUAUCUCGACACCAUCAUCAGGAAAUUCGACGAGCAAAACCGCAAGUUCGUGAUUGCCAACGCGCAGAUGAAAAACUGCGGCAUCAUCUACUGCAAUGAGGCCUUCUGCCAGAUGUUCGGCUUCACGCGAGCCGAGAUCAUGCAGCAGUCCUGCACCUGCCAGUUUCUGGUGGGACCCGGCACCAUGAAGAGCGCACUGGCACAGCUAGCUCAGGCCCUGCUGGGCUCCGAAGAGCGCAAGGUGGAGAUCCUCUACUACGCCAAGGAAGGAACGUGCAGGCCGUGCAUGGUGGACAUCGUUCCGGUGAAGAAUGAGGAAGGUGUUGUUAUCAUGUUCAUCCUGGACUUCCAGGAGCUUGUGGACCCCACAAUCAAGAAGUCUGGACUGAGGCAGCGAGUCAGCCAGGGCUGGCUCUACUGUCAGAAUCGCAGGUUAAAGAUGCGACUCCCAGUGUUACGCCCAAUGCGGCGGCAGUCGCUUCCCAAAGAUCAAUUUGAAGGUGUGGUAGUGGACUACCUGCAGCCCGACAAUGAGGACGUCCCCCUAAAGGAUUUCCGCAUCCCGUCCAAGGAGAGCUGCAUGCAGUCCGAGACAGAGGCCCUCAUAGAACAAGACCUGGAUCAGCCCACCCAUGUCACCCAGCCCUCAGCCAAGCACCGCUCUCUGCUGACAGACCGCCUGGAAACGGGCCUGCCAUUACCCCGGGGGUCCUUAUCCCGGAGCAGCUCACGACACAGUGUCCGCAGCCUGCGACGCGCCUCCUCACUGGACGACAUCGACGGGAAGAAAUCCGAAUUGAAUGCUGGGCCCGGUGAAACCCGGAAUAACAGUAAUCUGAAGCCGAGCGGCACAAAUUCUACUUCAGACUCAGACCUGAUGAGGCACCGAGCCAUCGGGCGCAUUCCCCAGGUGACGCUUACCUUCGGCUCGGACCGCGUCAGACCGCCAUCGCCCGGCGAGAUUGAAAUCAUCGCACCUAGCAAAGUCAAAGACAGAACACAGAAUGUCACUGAGAAAGUGACUCAAGUAACACAGGUGCUGUCGCUGGGUGCCGACGUGCUUCCCGAAUACAAGCUGCAGGCGCCGCGGAUCCACCGCUGGACCAUCUUGCACUACAGCCCCUUCAAGGCCAUGUGGGACUGGUUGAUCUUGCUGCUAGUCAUCUACACUGCCAUUUUCACGCCCUACUCGGCCGCCUUCCUUCUCAACGAGGUAGAAGAGGACCGUCGACGAACGUGCGGCUACACGUGCAACCCGCUCAACGUGGUGGACCUGGUGGUGGACGUCAUGUUCAUUGUGGACAUCCUCAUCAACUUCCGAACCACUUACGUCAACCGCAACGACGAGGUGGUCAGCCACCCGGGCCGCAUCGCCCAGCAUUACUUCAAGGGCUGGUUCCUCAUCGACAUCGUUGCCGCCAUCCCAUUCGACCUGCUCAUCUUCCGCUCUGGCUCAGAAGAGCCUCAGACCACCACGCUGAUCGGCCUGCUUAAGACGGCACGUCUGCUGCGUUUGGUGCGCGUGGCACGCAAGCUGGACCGCUACUCGGAGUACGGCGCCGCGGUGCUCUUCUUGCUCAUGUGCACCUUCGCGCUGAUCGCCCACUGGCUCGCAUGCAUCUGGUACGCCAUUGGCAACGUGGAGCGCACUGGUACAGCGCGCGUGGGCGUCCUGAAGAUCGGCUGGCUGGACAACCUGGCCGAGCAGAUCGGCAAGCAAUACAACGACAGCGACGCGGCCUCGGGGCCGUCCAUCAAGGACAAGUACGUCACUGCGCUCUACUUCACCUUUAGCAGCCUCACCAGCGUCGGCUUCGGGAACGUCUCGCCCAACACCAACCCUGAGAAGAUCUUCUCCAUCUGCGUCAUGCUCAUUGGAUCUCUGAUGUACGCCAGCAUCUUCGGCAACGUGUCAGCCAUCAUCCAGAGGCUCUACUCGGGCACGGCACGCUACCACACGCAGAUGCUGCGCGUCAAAGAGUUCAUCCGCUUCCAUCAAAUCCCUGGUGGCUUGCGGCAGCGCCUGGAGGAGUAUUUCCAGCACGCCUGGUCCUACACCAAUGGCAUCGACAUGAACGCCGUGCUGAAGGGCUUCCCCGAGUGCCUGCAAGCCGACAUCUGCCUGCACCUGAACCGCACUCUAAUGCAGCAGUGCAAAGCCUUCCGAGGCGCCAACAAAGGCUGUCUACGCGCUUUGGCUAUCCGCUUCAAGACCACCCAUGCACCGCCGGGUGACACCCUAGUUCACAGCGGCGACAUUCUCACCGCCCUCUAUUUCAUCUCCGGCGGUUCUAUUGAGAUCCUCCGAGACGACAUGGUAGUGGCCAUACUAGGAAAGAACGACAUCUUCGGCGAGUCGGUCAGCAUGUACGGCAGACCUGGCAAGUCUAGUGCCGACGUCCGGGCGCUGACGUACUGUGACCUUCACAAGAUCCAUAGGGACGACCUGAUGGAGGUUCUGGAUAUGUACCCCGACUUUGCCGACACCUUCUGGCACAACCUGGAGGUCACCUUUAACCUGAGAGAUGCAGAUCGAUUAAACCAGACAACCCCGAGCAAGGACUCUGAAUGUGGCUACCGUCGCACGCGGCGCCGCAGAGGCUCCCCACGACGCCGCAACCGACCCGCCAAUCGUCACCGGGUAGCCACGUCGCGCUGGGACGAGCAGUGCAGCAGCGAGACUUUUUCAUCCGAGUCUAGCGACGAAGAGGUGAAGCGUGGGAGGCGGAGCGGCAAGGGGGAGCUAUACGCCCCACCGGCGGGAGAUGCCAGAGAUUACCCUCCUGGUGUCAUGAACCUCCUGCCACACGCCAGACCUCCCCCUGGGAUGGGCAAGCCCAUGGACCUCGCUGGUCCACCAUACUCAGCAGCGGUUCCGGUCAGCGUUUCAGGACUUUACGGUUUCUGGCCGGAUCGCCGACCCAGCCAGUAUUCUGAGGCUCAGAGACGCUCGUCGUCAGCAGCCAGGGCCGCAGGCUUCCAGCCUGCACCCUGUUCUGACGAGCGGCCUGGCGAGCUUGGGUCCAGACUGGAAGUUCUGCAGUCACAGUUGAAUCGACUGGAGAGCCGAAUGACGGCUGACAUCACCGUCAUCCUACAGCUCCUUCAGCGUCAGAUGGCACCGGUGCCGCCCGCCUACAGCGCCGUGUCACCCAGCCCGCUCCCUGCUUCCUUAUAUGGUACAACGGCGCCACCCCCCUUGCGUGCUGUCCCUCCCAUGAUGGACAGCGCCGCCUCACUGCUGCAGAGUCCGGAGUCUGAGUCCAAGUCCAAGGACUCGCUGUCCAGCGGGAUCCACGUGACGGCCGCAUCUGACGACACAGUGUCACUGACCCCGCCCCGGCCUGAGGCCCCUGGGUCAUUGGACACCACCCGCCGCUAUCCGUCCCUUCCUGAGAAUCUGGAGGUCUCCUCGGAAGAGCGGGAGAUUCUGAGGCACGUAUCGGAUCCGAUCCUGCCGGACAUGUCCCACUCAUCUGAUAUCAGCAUAAAAGUAGACGAAGAGACGCCGCUGAACACGAUGCCGGGAUCGGCGGACUCACAGACGACCUACACUGCGAAGAAAAAUGGCUGCGUUACGACAGCUUGCUGUCAAGACAAGCAUCACAGGAAGCUGGCUGUCUGCAGCAUCAUCUGCGGCAUCUCCUGCAUCGGAAUCAAAGCGCUCAUUAACUCAGUUAAGGCCGAAAAGGAGGUGAACAGAGAGCUGUCGGCCCGUUUUUCACGACGGUCCAAAAGGCUUGCCAUCACCUCCAUUGUCAUCUGGCUGACCAUUCUGGCACUUACUCCGAUACUCAUGGCGCUCAUUUCCUACUUGGUCACACUGAAAGACUGA